UACCGAAUAAUUUGAUGAGUUGAUCAAUAUUCAAAAUUCUUAAUUCAUUAUUCAAUUUGUUUUUAGUUUUUGACAUUCAUUUUAAGAACUAAAAAUUUAAAAUGGUUCUAACAUGUGUGUUUUGCAAAAAUAAUGCCCAUCGUAAUCCAGACCUAUCUUUUCAUAGUUUCCCUAAAGAUAGUGAACGAAAAAAAAUUUGGCUACAUAACUUGCGAUUACAAAAUGCAAAACCUUGGCACAGAAUAUGUUCAAAUCAUUUCAAAGUAAAUGACUUCAGUAGUGACACUUUGAAGUUACGUAUAUUAAAUACAAAUGCUAUACCACAUUCAAACAUAGACAAGCAGAUAUGUACAAUAAUUGAGACCGAGAAUGAUGAAAAUGUAUCUUUUAGCAAUGGAGUUAAAGAUGUUGAAAGUGACACUAAUUUGACUCUUGAACAUAAUAUUAGCUCACCAACAACUCCUGAGAGAGAAAGUUUUGGAAAUUACAUUAGUUUGACUCUCAAUCCAACUCAUGAACAAUCUUCUACUCCUAAAUUGAAUACUCCAAAAAGAAAAUUAGAUGUGGAAAUGUUUAAGACAUCUAAAAGAUGCUUAAAGUACAGCAACUCUUCUCGGUUUGGAGAUUUAAGUGAAAAUGACUUUUUGACACCACGCAGAGCAAAAAGAAAUCUUAAAGUUGUUAGAUCUACUGUUUUAAGCUUAAGAUCUAGGAAUAAAGUGUUAGCUGCUAGUAAUAAGCGCUUAAAAAAUAAAGUUACAUCCUUAAAAGGAAUUAUAAAUAGUUUAUCUGAAAAACGACUGUUAUCAGACAUUGCAGCUGAAAACCUCAAGGUAAAAGACAAUAAACUGAAUACAAUUUUAAAAACCAAACCAAAACAUAAAUAAAUUUCAAACUUCAGUUUAAUUGUGUUUUGACAUGUAUUAUGUAUAUGCAGGGUUUGGAACAUUCAUUCAAAAAGUGAAUGCAUUCACAUUUACAUUCAUAGAGCUUAAAAUUGAAUGUAUUCGCAUCCAACAUUCAAUUUUUCAAAAAGAGUGAAUUCAUAUUUGCAUUCUUUUAAGAAAAGAAUGCAUUCUUAACCACAUUCAUGUAAAAAAUAUUUUAUUUUAUUUGAAUAGAACAUAAUAUAUUAAUUUAUUUUUCGUGUUUAACAAGGCAUUUUAUAUAUUGCAUGGACCAUAUCAAUAAUUAAUAAACGACUUUGGUAGAUAUCUGAUUUGA